UUUAAAUUAUUCGAACAUAAAUUUCAUCAAAAUAAACUGAAAAUAUGGGAUUUAAGAAAAAAGCCCGACUAGCGCAGAUUGAUCGAUGGAAGAAAAUUAAACAGGCUCAGCUACAGGAUAUUGAAAAGAUUAAAAAGGAAGAACCGGAACAGGUUCCAGAGCAAUGCUUGUACGAAGCUUUCCAGCAAUGCAACUUCGAACCAGACGCCACCAAAGACCCAGCACCGGAGCUGCAACAGGUGAUCAAAACGGAAUCAAUCGAAAUAUUCCACGAACUACUUCCCCCGGAAGAACUACCCGCUGAAACACCCGAAACCCCAUUCUGCUGCCUCUGCCUCCGAAUCUAUCAUCCGGCCAAGUUUGUCCAGUUCUCGCCCCAGCAGUCGUGGAACUGCCUGGACGUUUUCCAAGUCCAGGAGCAGCUGACUAGUGUGCUGGGCCUUCAAAUCGACCUUAGCGAACAAGACGCCCUUUGCCGAUCCUGCUGGGCCCUCACGGAACUGUUGGCCAACUUUCGGACGUGCUGCAGGAAGGCCGCAGAAUGGCGCGAGCGGUUCAGCACGGGGAUUGUGCCGAAGGAAACGUCCAGGGAAGGUUGGCUCAAGAGGACUGCGGUGGACGUUGUGGCGAAAACGAGGAUGAUUAUUGUGGACCACGUGGAGAGGAUUGAGCAGGCAGAAAUUGAGGCGCGGAAUGAGGCCGAGCAGAUUGUUGGACCGGAUGAGGAUUCGUUUCAAGAUGGUCUGGAAAGCGUGGUUGAUCAAUUGGAUGCAACGGAAGAUAACAAAUCCAAUAUGGUUGAACAAAGCGUUGAAAUGGUCGAAGAAAUUCGGGAAAUCGAAGUCCAUUCAUGUCCAAACUGCGAGCAAAAGUUUGAAGGCAAAAAUGGUAUGAUUAUUCACUUGCAUUACUGUCAAAAAUCCGCUCCAAAUAAGUCCAAAAAACGGUUCACGUGUUCGACCUGCUUUGCUGAUUUCAACUAUCAAAAAAACUUACAAGAUCACCUCAACAAGCAUAAAGGUAUCAAACCGUACAAGUGCCGCAGGGAAAAUUGCAAUCACCAUUCCUACACCGUUAAGGAGCGGAUCCAUCACGAAAAAAUAUGUGGCAAAGAUAAGCCAAUCUGUCCGGAGUGUGGCCUUCAGUUGGCCUCACCGGACACCUUGAAAGCCCACAUGGGAACCCACCGAGCGGCGAACAAUCCCUGUGAUAUCUGCGGCAAGCUGUUCAAGUCAAAAAUAACACUCAAAAAGCACCGCUUGAUCCACGCCGAAGAUCGUGUUUAUUUCCCCUGCAGUGUGUGUAAAAAGUCGCUGAAAUCGACGGCAGCACUGCGGGUUCACAUGCGCAUUCACACGCAGGAAAAGCCCCACGCUUGCCACAUCUGCGGCCAGGGAUUCGCGUACAAGUGCUUGGUUAAGCCGCACAUCAAGAGGUGCCACUAGAAAAUGAUUUGGUUGAUUGAUGCUUGUUAUUUAUGUGUUAAAAUAAACUGAAUUGCCUGGCGAAUUUCGGCAACAAACAUAAUUUUGUACGAUAUUU